AGUACUAGGCUCAACCUCUAGACGGCAUGUCCAAGCUGAUUUUGUACGGGACAGAGGCUAGUCCUCCAGUUCGGGCCGCCAAAUUGACCUUGGCCGCCCUUGGCAUUCCCUACGAAUACGUCAAAAUAAACACCCUGGCCAAGGAGACCCUUUCGCCCGAGUUCUUGCGGAAGAAUCCCCAGCAUACGGUGCCCACUUUAGAGGACGAUGGCCAUUUCAUCUGGGACUCACACGCAAUCAGCGCAUAUCUGGUGUCCAAGUAUGGCCAGAGUGAUACUCUUUAUCCGAAAGAUCUCCUCCAACGCGCUGUGGUGGACCAGCGAUUGCACUUCGAGUCCGGCGUGGUCUUUGUCAACGGACUGAGAGGCAUCACCAAGCCGCUCUUUGCGACCGGUCAGACGACGAUUCCCAAGGAGCGUUACGAUGCCGUCAUAGAGAUUUACGACUUUGUAGAGACUUUUCUCACCGGACACGAUUUCAUUGCCGGUGAUCAGUUGACCAUCGCGGAUUUUAGCCUAAUCACAUCGAUUACCGCACUGGCGGUAUUCGUGGUCAUCGAUACAGUAAAAUACGCCAAUAUAACUGCGUGGAUCAAGAGGAUUGAGGAACUACCCUAUUACGAGGAGGCAUGUGGCAAAGGUGCCCGGGAUUUGGUGACCCUCCUCAAGAAAUUCAAUUUUACCUUCUCAACUUAAUAAUUUAUUCUUAGUAUAUAAUUGUAAUAAUAAUGUUUAAUAAUUGUAUAAAACAUUAUUAAGACUAUUCUUCAAAUAUUGUUAUCUUAUGAUUUUUAUUUUAUGAUAAUAGACAGUUUUAAAAAUCGCCACCUGAUUCGGUUGUAAGAAGACAAAUUAAACAGGUCAAGUGGAAGAAUUUUCCAUCACAUUUCAAACAAAUAUGAUAAGACAAACCAAAACACUUAACACCUCAUGGAGUGGCUCAGUCGAACUCGUCCAUGGAGAUUACCUAAUCGAUCCUACAAGCAAAGAUAGCUUUGCUGAAAAUGCUGAUAAUAGAUAGGUGUUUUGUCUUCAAGAACACAGAAUCCCUCUAAAAAUGGCAUAUUCAAAUAAAUAUUAUGCCAAUCAGAAGGAACGCUAAUUAUCUCGAACGACAAGAGUG